AUGUUCCAUACAUUGGAUACAUUUGAUACUGAAUUUUCUGCUGACUCUGUCGAAUGGUGUCCAUCAAAUUUUUUCAAAAAUAUAUUUGUAUGUGGAACAUAUCAGUUAAUGAAAGACAAUGAAACAACUUUGGAUACAUCCAAGUCAACACGUUUAGGAAGAAUCUAUAUGUUCAAAAUUAUAGACAAUGGAUGUCUAGCAUUAUUACAGAGAUUAGAAGUAGCUGCUGUAUUAGACAUGAAAUGGGCACAUAUGUGUGAAAAUCGAAUUUUACUUGGUGUUGUAAAUUCAUUGGGCUAUUUGCAAAUAUAUCAAUUAAAAAGAAAUAAUGAAAAGGAAACUUUGGAGUUAUUAACAGAGAAAAAAGUUGCAAAUGACAAUGAUGUACUUGCAUUAUCUUUAGACUGGUGUACUGGAAGAUGGAUGUAUAAUAAUGAGUCCAAUUUAAACAUAGUAGUCAGUGACUCAAAAGGUUUUAUAUCAUUGUUUGAACUACAUGAAACUGAACUAGUUAACGUUAAUACGUGGCUUGCACAUGAAUACGAAGCUUGGAUAACAGCUUUUGAUUAUUGGGACACAAAUGUGAUAUAUAGUGGUGGCGAUGAUUGCAAAUUUCAACGAUUUGAUAAAAGAACGGGAAAUCGUCCUACCGCAAUGAAUAGGAUUCAUGGUGCUGGCGUUACCAGUUUGCACAGUAACGUGCUAAGGGAAUUUUCUCUAUCAUCCGGAAGCUACGAUGAAACAUUGCGAUUGUGGGACACCAGAAACUUCAAGAGACCCGUUUCGGAGAUUCACCUCGGCGGCGGCAUUUGGCGUUUGAAAUGGGAUCCGUUCGCGCGAAACUAUUUACUUGCCGCUUGCAUGUAUGUCGGGUUUAGAAUAGUCGACUGCGAAAAGACGGAGACACUGUCUGUCAUUGGCGAAUACAACGAGCACGAAAGUAUAGCGUACGGAUGCGAUUGGUCCGUUUUAAACAGUCCGGAAAUCACGAAAAAUAUACUUAAAACGGAAACACGAAAUGUAUGUCUGAUCAGUACCUGUUCGUUCUAUGAUCAUGCCUUAAAAUUAUCUGCAGUAUAUUUGAGUGUCGAAUAA